UUGUCUUUCAAUAUAUUUCUCAUUCAUACGUAUUUGUUAAUUAAAUAUAAAAUAAAGUGAAAUGUACAAUAAUGCAUUGAAAACUGGGUGUCGGACUGCAAUGCACGCAUGGAAGUUCAAAAACGAGUUGGGUAGACUACGUAUUGACUUGGCAAAAGCAAAUACCGAGUUCACACAACAUUUACUGAAAGCUGUCAGUUGCAAUAGUCCCGUUAACUCGACGCGAUUCAUCAGAAAACACCGCAUAAAAUUAAUUUUUGUACGGCAACAAAUACCGGAGACUCAAUUACAAUCACAACAACAAUUUUCUGUUAAAUUUACAACUGCGUUAAGUUCAGGCUCGUGCUUAAAUUAUUGUUAUCGCGAAUUAACUGCAAUUGCUAUUGCUCAAAUCGCUUCAAACCAAUCCCAACUACCUUCUUUUUUUGUGUUUCGGAAAAUAAAUUGUGCCCCAUCAUCAUCACUUCAAAGUUCUUUUUGUAUAGAAAAUUGUCAUUUGACUGAACAUCUGGAUAGUGCAAUAUCUUCAAAGCAGUACGUAAAACAACAAAAACAAUUCUUUCGGGAUUAUUCCUCACUAAAUACAUCUUUUGGUGCACCAUUUAAGUAUACAGAAGCGCCGCUUUUAGGUGACCUCUGCCAAAAGUACGGCUUUAUCGUUUCACGUACUUCCGCCGACGUCGGUCUUAACUACGUUGCAGGUCAAAGGCUUGAAUUUCGCAGAAAUAUGUCAACAUCACCACAGAAGGAGUUUCAGCGCCUUCCAACCAAUGUUGUGCCAACGCACUAUGAUUUAGAGUUGAAGCCGAACUUGGAGGCUUUCACUUUCGAGGGCAAAACUAGCGUGCACAUAAAAAUAUGUGACGCUACUAAAAGUAUUACACUCAAUGCAUUGGACAUCACUUUAGGCAAAGUUGAAUUGGACAUAAAUGGCGAAAUUCUACAACCAAGUAAUAUUUCAUAUUCCACCGAUAAUGAGACUGCGACUUUGACUUUCGCUCAGGAACUUCCAGCUGACGCCAGCGGAGUUUUGAAUAUUUCUUUCGCUGGAGAACUUAAUGAUAAAAUGAAAGGAUUCUACCGUAGCAAGUAUUUUACGCCUGGCGGUGAGGAACGCUACGCUGGUGUAACUCAAUUUGAAGCCACCGAUGCUAGACGAUGCUUCCCGUGUUGGGACGAACCAGCUAUUAAAGCUACUUUUGAUAUUACGUUAGUUGUACCACAAGACCGAGUAGCACUUUCUAAUAUGCCUGAAGUGCAAGAAGAGAAUAUAGAAAAUAAUUUGCGUCGCAUACGUUUUGAUAGGACACCAAUUAUGUCAACAUACCUUGUGGCUGUUGUAGUUGGUGAAUAUGAUCAUGUUGAAGGUAAAUCCGAAGAUGGCGUAAUUGUACGUGUAUUUACGCCCAUUGGCAAAAAAGAACAAGGUCUCUUCGCACUUGAAGUGGCCACCAAAGUGUUGCCUUAUUAUAAGAGCUACUUCAACAUUGCUUAUCCGUUACCUAAAAUGGAUUUAAUUGCGAUAUCCGACUUCUCGGCUGGAGCGAUGGAGAACUGGGGUCUUGUGACAUAUCGUGAAACGUUUGUACUGGUCGAUCCCAAAAAUACAUCUCUUAUGCGUAAGCAAUCUAUUGCCUUAACUGUCGGGCAUGAGAUAGCGCAUCAGUGGUUCGGCAAUCUUGUUACCAUGGAAUGGUGGACCCAUUUAUGGUUAAAUGAAGGCUACGCUUCGUUUGUCGAAUUUCUUUGUGUCAAUCACUUGUUUCCGGAAUAUGAUAUUUGGACACAAUUCGUUACUGAUAUGUACACUCGUGCAUUAGAAUUGGACUCUUUGAAGAACUCCCAUCCCAUUGAAGUGCCAGUCGGGCAUCCAUGUGAAAUUGAUGAGAUUUUCGAUGAAAUUAGUUACAACAAAGGCGCCUCUGUCAUACGCAUGCUUCAUGACUACAUUGGCGAGAAGGAUUUCCGUAAGGGAAUGAAUAUUUAUCUAACCCGCCAUCAAUACAAGAAUACAUUUACGGAAGAUUUAUGGGCUGCUUUGCAAGAGGCAAGCUCGAAACCAGUUGCUAAAGUCAUGUCCACAUGGAUUAAAUUGAAAGGUUUUCCUGUUGUAAGUGUAGAAUCCAUACAAAAAGGUGAUAACCAAAGAGUUUUAAAAUUGACCCAAAAUAAAUUCACUGCUGAUGGUUCAGCCCCGGACGGUGAUUACACAUGGGUGAUUCCAGUAAAUAUUUCAACAUCACGUGAUCCGAACAAGAUCGCAAAAACAUUUUUGCUGGACCAAAAAUCUAUGGAAGUUGUGUUGGAUGAUGUAAGCGCCGAUGAUUGGGUCAAAAUUAAUCCGGGUACAGUUGGAUUUUAUCGCACAAGGUACUCAAAAGAAAUGCUUGAGAAAUUGUUACCUGCGGUGCGUGAUAUGGUUUUACCUCCCCUUGAUCGUUUGGGAUUGAUUGAUGAUAUGUUUGCUAUGGUACAAGCGGGUCAAGCAAGUACUGCCGAAGUAUUGAAGCUUAUCGACUCAUAUCGCAAUGAAACCAAUUACACCGUAUGGACUGCUAUUACCAAUUCUCUAGCCAAUCUUCACAUUUUGAUUUCUCACACCGACCUGAUGGAGCAUUUCAAUCGUUAUGGUGAAAAGUUAUAUCGGCCAGUGGCUGAAAGCUUAGGCUGGGAAGUGCGUAAGGGGGAGAAUCAUUUGGAUACCUUAUUGCGUAGCUUGGUUUUGUCACGCUUAGUGUCAUUCCGUUCUAAGGAUGUUAUAGCAGAAGCACAGACACGGUUUCAUGCGCAUGCUGACGGUUCAAAUCCGAUACCAGCUGACUUGCGUUCCGCAUGUUACAAAGCAGUUUUGCAAGAUGGUGAUGAAAAGAUCUUUAACGAAAUGUUACAAUUGUAUCGUACUACCGAUCUACAUGAAGAGCAGGAUCGCAUUUCGCGUGCAUUGGGUUGUAUUGGCAAUGUGGAUUUACUGCGCAAAGUUAUAGAUUUCGCCAUGUCGGGAGAAGUUCGUGCACAGGACUCAGUGUUCGUCAUCGUGGCUGUCGCGGUUAAUCCUAAAGGACGUGACAUGGCUUGGGAGUUCUUUAAAGACAAUAAUCAAAAAUUAUUGCAACAAUAUCAAGGAAGUUUUCUCUUGACACGCCUUAUCAAGUAUCUUAUUGAAAAUUUUGCUUCAGAAGAACGCGCUGUAGAGGUAGAAAAUUAUUUUAAGCAAAAUCAAUUCCCCGGUACAGAACGAACUGUGUCACAAGCCGUGGAGACCAUUCGCCUUAACGCUAAUUGGCUAAAGCGUGAUCUAGAUUCGUUGACAAGUUAUUUGAAGAGUCAGUAAGGGAGCUAUACAAAUGCAUUUAUAUGCCUAACUUUAUCAAAAGCAAAAAAAAAAAAAA